GUCGGUGCCGCUAUGGGAGGCUGCAGCAUCCUUCUCCGCUCCUCCGCCCUCACCUGCGGCCGGCCGCGCUCAUCCCCGCCGGGCGCGGAGGUUCGGUGCCGCGGGCGGCGUCCGCUGUGCGCACUGCGGGGCCGUGGGCAUCCCCUGGCCGCGCUGCCCGGGCCCCCCAGCUGGCCGUUGAUGGGCAGCCUGCCCGACGUGCUCUGGAAGGGGGGGCUCAAGAGGCAGCACGAGACGCUGGCUGAGUACCACAGAAGGUUUGGGAAGAUCUUCCGAAUGAAGCUGGGGGCUUUCGACUCGGUUCACAUCGGAGCCCCCUGCCUGCUGGAAUCUCUGUACCGCCGGGAGAGCUCCUGCCCGCAGCGCCUGGAGAUCAAACCCUGGAAAGCCUAUCGGGACUAUCGCGACGAGGGCUACGGGCUGCUGAUCCUGGAAGGAAAGGACUGGCAGAGGGUGAGAAGCGCCUUUCAGAAGAAACUGAUGAAACCCAAGGAGGUGGUGAAACUGGACAACACCAUCAAUGAGGUCCUGGAGGACUUCAUGCAUAGAAUAGAUGAGAUCUGUAACCACAAUGGACAAAUGGAAGAUGUAUAUUCGGAAUUCAACAAAUGGUCAUUUGAAAGUAUCUGCCUGGUACUGUACGGAAAGAGGUUUGGUCUCCUGCAGCAGGAUGUAGAAGAAGAAAGCUUGAAUUUCAUCAAGGCUGUUAAAACGAUGAUGGCUACUUUUGGAAUGAUGAUGGUGACACCUGUGGAACUUCACAAGGGUCUGAACACAAAAGUCUGGCAAGCUCAUACUAAAGCAUGGGAUGAUAUAUUUAAAACAGCCAAGCACUCCAUUGACAGCCGGCUGCAAAGGCACUCUGCAAACCCUCAGGAGGAUUUCCUGUGUGAUAUCUACUCUGGAGGUCAGCUUUCCAAGAAGGAGCUGUACGCCACCAUUGCAGAGCUUCAGAUUGCCGGAGUUGAAACGACGGCCAACAGUUUGCUGUGGGCUUUGUACAACAUUUCACGCAAUCCACACGUUCAGCAGAAACUUCUUCAGGAAAUACAGAGUGUUUUGGCUGCCAAUGAGAGCCCGACCGCUGAGAGCAUUAAGAAUAUGCCCUACCUAAAAGCAUGUCUGAAGGAAUCCAUGAGAUUGACACCAUCUGUGCCAUUUACCACUCGCACCAUUGACACAGAAAUGGUUCUAGGAGAUUAUGUUCUACCUGAAGGGACAGUGCUCAUGAUAAAUAGCUAUGCCUUGGGCUGCAAUGAGGAAUACUUCAAUGGCUGGACUCAGUUUAAGCCAGAGCGCUGGCUGCAGAAGCACUCAAUAAACCCUUUUUCUCAUGUCCCAUUUGGCAUUGGGAAGCGGAUGUGCAUUGGCCGUCGCUUAGCAGAGCUGCAGCUCCACUUGGCCCUGUGCUGGAUCAUUCGCAAAUACCAACUUGUAGCAACGGAUGACAAUCCGGUAGAAACGCUGCAUUCAGGAAUCCUGAUCCCCAGCCGGGAGCUGCCCAUCGCGUUUCACAGGCGCCUGCAGCUUGACUAAUGACGGCCCUACUGCUGCCUGUCCUGAGGAAAUCCACAGAUUGGGAAAGCCAAAGUCUGUGGUAAUCCAUGGAGAAACUGCAACGCGCGUCACUCAAACUAUUGCUAAGACAGAAACAGUACCAACAAAACUCCCCUGGUUGGAAUUCCCUUAUUGGAGAAUGUGGAUAGUCAAUCCAGCUGUACUCAGCAAUGCUAAAAGGAAAGAAAAAUGCUAUGCACAUUCACACACUUAUGGAAAUACUCUGGUUUAGCGCAGCAGAAGGACUGUGCAUGACAGAGCUUCAUCAUGAGCUGUGGAAUGUCAUAGACAGCUGUUGUUGGAGCACAGGGAAACUAUUAUGGAUGCAGGCUCUACCUGGGGUUAGCUCAGACCAAAGGCUUGGGAGGCCACCUUAAAGGAAAGGGAACUUGCUCUGCUUAACAAACUUAACAUUGGGGCUUAAAAAUUAGGUUACUGAAAUAAGUACAUUUUCCUUAAAGUUAUUCACAUCCUUAACAGAAGGGGAAUAAGGAUGAAGCUAUAUAGUGUAUAGAAGUGGGAUUUAUUCCUUGUGCCUGCAUAGUGCUUCAGUUUGAACACUUGCAGUACUGUGCCUGCCACACAAUCUGCUCAUACCACAGGGUUUCAUGCAUUCAACUCCCAUCACAGCAAAAUAUUAGCUGCCUUUUUGUAUGAGGCCUUAUUCAGUAAUGGAAUUGCUGGAAUCCUAUGGGUUCUGCCACUAUUAGAUGAUUAUCCUAACAGGAUAGUUCCUUCAGCAGAUUAGUGAUAUAAAAUGCAUGUUUAAAGCAUCACAAGAAAUGAGGAUCUUAAACAUUUCCAAGAGCUCUAUUUUUGUGGAGAUUACAAUACCUGUAUCUAUGGGUUAAAGACAUCACUGUCCUGCAGGCAAUGCCAUCUAUCACUAUUGUGGUCACUAGUACAUUUUUCCCAAGAUACAGUUUCAAGUGAAGGUUUUGCUACAUACACCCACGAGUGCUUAUUUUUAUUCUGUUGUAUUCUGACAAAAUGCAGUUCUUAGCAUCUGUUGUCUCCUAUGGCAUUUUUUUUUUUUUGUCCACCUAUUUGUUUUCCUCUGGUGUUACUUAUAGUCAAACAUUGGAUUGUGUCCAUAUGCCAAUGCAUACAGCAACUUGUGCAUCCUUUGAAGCUUUACACUUGGUUUUGUAAUACUCAGUUUUGUAAUAAAGACUUUUUUUUUUCUACAAA